CUGCCGUCAGGAUUCCUUUGUGAGCAUUCUUUGAGACUGCUAUCACACUUCUAUGGCACCUCAUCGGGGUGAAAAACCAUAUUGUCAGUGAACUUACGAGAAGAUUCAUCCUGAACUUCGCCUGACGGUGAAUGCAUUACUUGAUUUCUUAGGAGUGUCAUUUACUGGGGGCAAGAAUAAUGUUUUGACCGUAUUCAAAUGAACGCCAACGUCCAGGACACAGCAGAUACCUCAGCACUAGUCGUACCUCUAACUGCUUUUGGAUGUGCCCUUUCAGUAUUCUUGAUUUUCCUGUUAAUCAUUGUUCUGGACACAAUGUGCCGAAACAGGAAGUUGGCCAGCGCCAAGUACGCUGGCUCUAAAAUGUUUUCAAUGAAGCCUUCUUCAGAUAUUAUUCCGGCUGAAUCGACGGAAUUUGUUCCAUCAACAAGCGAAGAGGAAGAAACCACCGAACCUCAGCAACCUCGAGUUUUGAGCGAUGUUAUAAUUGAUCAACUUGAAGUCGCUGGAGCCAACACUGGACAAUACUGCGUGGAAACUACGUUAGAUUAUGGCUAUGAAGGCGAAGAAGACAGCGUGACGGAAAGCAGUCGACCAGGUGCCAAACGACCCUCAGCAGCUUUUGAGUGAAACUAAUUCUAGG